CGCUGCCCGCCGCUCUCCUGGCCGCGCGCGGCACGGGGGCACGAGCCAUGGACGAGAAGUCGCCCAAGCCGCACCUGGAGAAGCUGACCCUCGGCAUCACCCGCAUCCUAGAAUCUUCCCCAGGAGUGACGGGGGUGGCCAUCACAGAGAAGUUGCCUGCUGAACGUCAUAUGAUUUCUUCAUGGGAACAAAAAAAUAACUGUAUAUUGCCAGAGGAUAUGAAGAAUUUUUACCUGGUGACCAAUGGCUUCCACAUGACGUGGAGUGUGAGGCUGGAUGAGAAGGUCAUUCCGCUGGGCAGCAUGGUAAUUAACAGCAUCUCCAAACUGACCCAACUCAACCAGUCUUCCAUGUAUUCACUUCCCGGUGCACCAACCCUUGCAGACCUGGAGGAUGACAUCGCCGAAGCUGGGGAGGACCAGCCAGAGAAGCCUCACUUUGACUCUCGCAGUGUGAUAUUUGAGCUGGAUUCUUGCAAUGGAAACGGCAAAGUUUGCCUUGUCUACAAGCAUGGGAAACCAGCGUCAGCACGUGACGUCGAGAUCUGGUUCCUGGACAGAGCGCUGUACUGGCAUCAUCUCACAGACACCUUCACCGCCUAUUACCGCCUGCUCAUCACUCACCUGGGCCUGCCCCAGUGGCAGUACGCCUUCACCAGCUAUGGCAUUAGCCCACAGGCCAAGCAAUGGUUCAGCAUGUACAAGCCCAUCACCUACAACACAGACCUGCUCGCAGAAGAGACCGACUCCUUCGUGAACAAGCUGGAUCCCAGCAAAGUGUUCAGAAGCAAGAACAAGCCCAUCAUCCCCAAAAAGAAAGGGCUUGUGCUGUCUGCUGGUGCCCAGAAAGGGCUGCCAGCCGCCUCCACCUCCAGGUCCUCCCUGAGCUCUGGAAGCACUGUCCGGAAGUGAGCUCUGGAAGCGCUGUCCAGAAGUAAGCCCUCCACCUCCAGCUCCCUGCCAGCUAUGCCAGCCUGGUGAGCUCCGGGCAUCUUCCCCCCAGGGUAGCCCACGCCUCUGCUUCUCUGUGUGCGCCACAAGCCUCAGCCUGUCUGAGCGAGGGACCAAGAUCCUCAACACUUGACUCCCAUGGGUUCCCAGAGCUCUCUGAAAUCUCAAGAUUCCUCCCCUCAUUCCGCUUCCCUCAGACCCCACCUCCGGAAACGUGGAUGAUGCUGGGAUCUGUGGACGCUCUCCCAGUUUCUUCCCCCCUACUUACACCCCCCCACCCCCAUUUUCUCUCAGUAGUGAAAGAGAAGAACCCUGAAGGACCUACUGGUUUUGACCUAGAAGUCAAAAGUGGCUGUGAGCAUUUAUAUUAAAAAUUUUAAUUCUCCAUUUGCACUGGCCACAUUACUAGUGUGAAUUGGCUUGGUCCUCCCAUCAUGGAUAGCACAGAGGCCAGCCACACACAGGCCCGAUAUUUGAUGCAACAUCAUUCCGAAGCUGCCCACCACAUCUCGUGGAAUUUCUGCAGACUGCUGCUCAGGUUUUCAAACAGGGAUUUGGGAAUAUAGUUUCUCACUCUGGAGCAGGGGCAGUGGACAGGAGCCAGGUUCCCUUUCUCCUUCCCCGCAGGGAACGCACCCAGCCCCACGAUCCAUGGUGGCUGCCGUUUUUGUGCAGGAGCCCCGGAGGGAGGAGGAGGCAGGGGCAGAGGCUGUAGCAGUUGUCCAUCUCAGCCCUCGCUGGCCGCUCCUGCUUUCCUCCCGGCCUCCAGUGAUUGGCUUGGCUUCCUGCCUCCACCACCUCUCCCUGCUCAUCCACUCCCUGUCUCCUAACCCAGCCGCAGUGCUGAGAGCAGGCCCGGGGUUCUCCACCUCCACGUCUGCUCUGAAACAUCUUGAGUCUUUAUAAAAGUUGUUUGCUUUUUUUAAUCGCUGUAUGUAGUGCUAGACAGUCAGGCUUCCAUCCUCCCCCUGACACACACACACACACACUCACUCACUCACUCACUCACUCACUUUCCACAGCCCCAGAGGGAAACAAGGUGGAAAGGUUUACCUUUGGUGAGCCAGGGCUCUGGAAUGGGACUGUGCUGUACAUUCACAUUCACGAACGUUUCUUUGUUUCCCGCUGAGCUGUGGGACAGGCCAAGUGGGCAGGGGCAGACCACGUGGGCUGGCUGCUUUCUCCGUUUUAGACUCUCUCCAAGCCUUGAGGUCCUAAUGCCCUCUGCCUUUGCUCCAAACACGGAGUUCAUGUUAACAGCUGAGUCAUCUGCUGUAGAGUCUGGCGUCUAAGUCAGCCUUGGGAAGUAUGUAAAAUGGCAGCCCCCCUUAAGUUACAUUACAUUACACUAACCAUUUACAAUUCAGCCUGAUCCUUUCAGCGGUGUUUGUUUUGUUUUGUUUAACCAUGAAAGGACUGUUUUAGAUCUUCCCGAUACAAAAUAAUUCAUCCGUUCCAAUUUAAUUGUUUCAGUUCUGACACACUGAGCAAUGAUUCAUUUAGAAAUGCUAGGGCUUUGGGCUACCAAACCUGAAUGUUUUCCUCCAAAUGGGUCAUUUCUAUAUUCCAGAGGGCGGCAGACCUUUCUGCAUACUGGAACUACCUGGGAGUCCGGGCCCCACUUCAACCCAAUGCAGGUGGAUGUCUGGGCCCAGUAUCCUUCAUUAGCACUCAGGUGGUGCUAAUAGGUCGGCAAAGUGGAAAACCACCGAGCCGCAUAGAAGGGCUGAGACUGGCAGCACAGCCACAUUCAGCUGGAAACCUUAGGUCCGGAAGCAGCAGCGGCAGCACACACCAGGUCAGGGCAUGGCAGGAUUCUCCUUAGAGCUGGUCUGGGGCGUCAUUUUAGGCAUUAAUUGCCCCUGAGACUGGUUCUUCAUCCUUCUCCACGGUUCUCUGAGCCACUCAACCCUUUUUGAAAAUAGAAAAUUCUUUGUCUUUAUUUAUGUUUGUUUAUCUCAAAAAUGCACUUACGUACAUAUGUUUUUUAAGUACAAUAAAUACUCAUAAAUUGGCCACCUGGCUUUAACCAUGGUUCAGUACAUUGUCCGCCACACUCGAUGCUCACUGAUACAGGCACAAACACAAAUACAGAUAUACAGCCCGGUGCCCUGGUGGGUUAAGCAUCAGUCUGCUCACUGAAAUGUCAGUAGUUCAAGCCCACCCACCAUUCCACAAGAGAAAGCCGAGGCUUCCUACUGGAAGUUGUACAGAUUUACAGCCUCAGAAAUAGCACUUAUGAAGUGCUGUUCUAUCCCACAGAGUCACAAUGAGCCCAACUUGUCUGGAUGGCAGUGUUUUUUAUUACAUGUUUAUAGUCGAAUUACUGGAAAUUUCAAGUUUCAGGUUUCAUCAUUUUUCUUAGUAAAUACUUCAUCAUCUCCCAAGAAGGAAGGAUUUCUCUUCAUCUCACCAUGACAAGAUCGUGUCUAAGAAAAGGCCAUCCUGGAGUAUGUGGCUCAUAUUUGGAUUUCCCGAUUGUACCCCCAAAGUAUAUUUUAUACCUGUCCCCCUGCACUCUUUUUGCUCAGACUAGUCAAGAUUUAUACAUUCCAUUUGGUUCUAUUUCUUUUGAUCUGCUAUCAUCCCCUGCCCAGCUGCCGAAUGUGUUUGUUUUCAAGGCAAUGGCUGGUUUGAGAAGUCUAGCCCUGUUUCCUUACCGAUUGGCCCACACUGUUCACCGCAUCCUUCUAAUAAACUUUUCUGCCUUGGCC